GUGUGCUGAGAUCACAUCACUGCACUCUAGCCUGGGCGACAGAGCAAGAGUCUGUCUCAAAAAAAAAAAAAAAAAAAAAUUAAGGGCUCUGGAGUUCAAUAAUUGCAUCUAUGCAUCUUUGAGUCUUUGCCACUUUGUAUGGUGCCUGGCACAUAAUUAUAUUACCCCUUUUCCCAAAUGUUUAAAUAACCAAAUUAUUCCACUUACUACUGUUUAAUGUAUAGUGACAAAGCAUGUUUCUAGCUUUUGCAGUAGAUUAUGAGUGUCUUUUACAAAAAUGGCAUGUAGUAUUUAUUGUUCAUAUUCCUUCUAUGUCUCACAUUUAUAAUAAAUUUAAAAAACUGUUAGAUUGAAUAGAUUUGCCAGAUAGUACAGAAAAUUACUAUUUUACGAACUCAAAGAGGAGAAGCCAAGUAGAAAUCUGAAAAGCAUUCAUCAAUAAAGGGAGGAAAAUAAUAUUGCAAAGUGCUUACUAUGUGCCAGACCUUGUGAUAAAUAAUUUAUAUUCCUUCCCUCAUUAAUCCCCAAAGUAAUUAGGCAAAGAAGAUAUUAUGGUCCCCAUUUUAUAAAUAAAGAGUCUGAUGUUCAGUAAGAUUAAGUGCUCUGCCCCAGUUCACAGUUAUUAAGCAGCAGAUUCUGGUUUGAAAUCUAUGUUGAAUUAUCCCAUUAUCCACAUAUCCACAUUCAUUUCAGUUUUACUUUUAUCCAUUCAGUUUUCCACAAGACAUUUGAUGGAAUUUCCCAUAUUACCUUUAAAUUUUGCUAGAGUAGAACAUUCUGUGUUCCCUCGAAUUGAAUGUUACAGGUCCUUCAUAAAUUAAGGAAAGUUCCAAAGUGUUCUCUGGAUACUUGUUCUGCCUCUAGCACGAAAUAUACAGAAGUAGCAGAGAAGAUCCAAACCAGCCUUCACUCUCAGAAUAGGCUACAUAACUCCCUCUCGUAUUCCCACUGACGUCACUCUUUUGUCUACAGCCCUGGCCUUUUUUUAAAAAAAAAAAUGGUAUUGGAUUUAAAAAUCCAGUACCAUUAUGGUUAUGGUUAAUGGGGAGCAUCAUGUGCCUGAGUUCCUACUCAAAUAAUAUAAGGGAAAUCAAGAGACCAAGGCUAUGAUAACUCAUGCAAUCUUCAUGGCUUGGUGGUAAGGAAGAGAAUCCCUCCUUACAGUUGAUCUUGCCUUUGUAUAUGUCACGUAUUGAUCCUAAUUAGAAAGGUUUAUAGGCUAAUCCGUGAAAGACACAAUCCUUCUCAUUAUACCAUGAUACAGGCCAUGGGAAACACCAGAUUGAAUCUUACAGACUCUCUGCUGCUGCUAACUAAGAAGCUUCUACUUUUAGUGUCUUUUCUCUCUCAACACAAAAAUACUCUGUACGUCACCCAGAUUUGGGCUGCCCAUGAUUACCAGGCUUUUCCCAGUUAGAAAUGUGACUCAUGUUCCAUUUUACCAAUACAUCUCAGGCAAAGAGCUAGCAAGGAAAGACAAGAUCAACGUUUUUCUAUAAUUCCAGCCUAUCAAUUGAAACAAGAUGUUUCUGAACUCUUCCCAAUGUGAAGAACAAAAAGUAAUAGCAUUUUGUUUAUUUAUUUGUGUACAAUACUGUGGUCAGGAACUUGCUGCUUCCCCAGGGAAAUUGUUUGCAAUGCAUCACUGAGAAGAGGACUUCACAAUUCCCACUGAUCACUCCCUGUGGUCUGCCAUGGCGAGGGUGAUACUUUCAUGUUUUAUAAGCACCAGACAAGAGAGCUGGAUCAAUUCUCUCUCUCGAUAUUCCAGUCUCUGUUGGAACAACGCCCUUAGGCAUCAGCAGCUCUGGGUUCUUUCUGAAAAACAAAGUAAGUACUCCUAGGUCUGUUCACAGUAAGAAACAAGAAGUCCAAUACACAUCCCUGCCUUUUACGCUUCAGAAAUCAACAUGGGGAUCUUCCUCACUUUUAGGCAACGGAUACAGCUUUGUUGUGGUCUGUGUGUCAAACUUAUCGAGAAGAGGUCAUUGUUGAGACUUACUGUUAAUUAGCAAUGCUUAUGCAUGCAAACCUUGGUCAGAUGAUGUUGUGUUUGGAGAGAAGAGAGAAGGGAAUAGAACUGAAUAAGUACAUGACCCCUUGGAAGCUGUUUUCAGUUGAGGAUUUUGGUGAAUGGCCACUUGAAAUCAAGGGAAAUUCCAUGAAUAGCAGGAGUUGGGAAGAAAGGAAGAGGAGGAAGGAUACCACCACUUUUUUCUUCCGGUCUAGCACUGUGCUUAGGCAAAGCAUAUUCCCUAUGAGAUCUACCUUAUAGAAACGUGCUGAAUAGAGGGAAUGGAAGUUAAACUUUGGACUUUCUUACAUGGUAGCUUCAAAUUGUGGUGACUUUGUUGCAUUUCGUCUGGAUGCUAUAGAGGGCCAGAAAAUACAUUUCUGUGAGAUCCUAGAAUCUGAGCGUGUGCUUGACACAGGAUGGAUAGAAUGAGCCUCUGGCAGUUCCAUUUAUCCAGAGGCAAAAGCAUGCCUGCCACUGGAGCUCUUUGGUUCCAACAAAGAACCUAUGUUGCCUAAGGAAACAGUGCUUUCUCGCACAAGGUACAGUCUUGGCUCCUCUGCCAUGAAGGGGAAGGUUCCUGGGCGUGUGCUUCAGAGACCUUCCUAUUUAACCAGUAUACAAAUUGCAUUGUUAUGCAAUUCCUCUGCGGAGGCCAUAUAGAAGGAGUGAGUUAGGACAGAUACAGCAAGAUAUUAGGACAGAUUUCCCCCAUUAUUCAGACUAUACAACACAGAAGAAAACUUGAUUUCAACAAGAAGACUCAAUUUUUAACAUGCUUUUCUACCUACUUUUACCCGUAAUGUUUCUAAAUUUCAUUCAAAUUGUGCAGAGAAACAAUAAAAUUUAAAAAUAGGAUAAACUGGCUAGUUAAAAGUAAAUGGCAUUUAAUUAAAACUAAACUUGCAAAUUCAUGGGAAAAAAAGCCAUGUGAUUUUAAACCUUAGGACAGCAUAGAGUCCUAUGUCCUUUACAGUUUUAAGUAUAUUUCAUUUCUACCUUGGAAGUAGGUAUUUGUCAUAUUGUUAAUAAUUACUCUACUUAAUUGUACACUCAGCAUUUGGCAUCAGAAUAAUCUUGUUUAGUCACAAGGUUUUCAUUUUCUUUCUUCAUUUUUUAAGCAUGCUUCUGAGUGGUGGUUCACAUAAGCUUUCAAUUUUAAAUAACACAAUCCAUUUAUUUCACUAGGCAUCUUUAUUUGCUUAAAGUGAAGAAUCAAAGAUUGUGAUUGUGUUGUAAAUAAGUCUAUCCUUUCUUUCCCUUUAUUUAAAAAAACCUGUGGAUGGUAAAAAAGGAAACUGAAAGAAGUAGAAAUUCCAGUAAUCUUUUAUGAACUCAGUUAUUAGAGUAAGUAGAACUAAAUCUGCGGGGGGAAAGGAAAGGGAAAUGGAAAAGGUGUUUUAGAGCUUUGACUUUAAGCCACUCCGGAGUCCUCUUCUCUGCUUUCUUUCCGCUACCCUGACCCAUACCUACCCACAGUGAGAACUGAGCCUUCAGGGCUGCUCAGGAGCUGGGAGGAGGGAAAGUGAGGAUCUGAGUUAUUUUCCUCAGUGAGCUUACAAGCUUCAGGCGGAAAAGAUCCUGCCUGUGGAACCUCUCUUUUGCAUUUUUCAAUUGCAUUGGAGAAACUCCUAAGUUGCAUCAGCGACCCUGAAGCCUUUAAAGUAAAGAUUUUUCUGUAUUUAAAAAAAAAGAAAGGAAAGAAAAAGAGAAAGAUAAG